GGGUCUCAUGUCGCCAGUCGCCACUUGGAGCUGCUAGCAUUCGGAGUGGAAAAUGAGUGCCACUAAGGAUUACCUGCUAAGCCCACUGGUAUAUGGGUCAACACUUUCUGCCUUUGGCAUAUACUUUCUCAGGAAAUAUAUGCAGGGUGGCCAGUUCACCAAGAAGACGGAUGAGACUGGCCGAGUUGUGAUUGUCACAGGCUGCAACCAGGGAAUCGGCAAGGAGACCGUGCUGGAGCUGGCUCGCAGGGGAGCCACCAUAUACAUGGCCUGUCGCGAUAUGAGGAAGUGCGAGCAGGCCCGCCAGGAGAUCAUCGAGGCUACUAACAAUCAAAACGUUUUCGCGCGCGAACUGGAUCUGUGCUCCAUGAAGUCCAUAAGGAACUUUGCAGCUGGCUUCAAGAAGGAGCAAGGUAAACUUCACAUUCUGAUCAACAACGCGGGCAUUAUGGACUGCCCCAAGAAGCUGACGGAGGAUGGCUUCGAAAUGCAAAUAGGUGUGAAUCACAUGGGUCACUUCCUGCUCACGCUUCUGCUCCUCGACGUCCUGAAGAGCUCCGCCCCCAGUCGCAUUGUGGUCCUGUCCAGCAUUGCCCACCGGUUCGGACGAAUCAAACGAGAUGAUCUGAACAGCGAAAAGUCGUAUGAUCGAAAGAGGGCCUAUUGCCAGAGCAAGUUGGCCAACAUCCUUUUCACGAGGGAGUUGUCAAAACGUCUGGAGGGAACUGGAGUCACGGUGAACGCUUUGCAUCCUGGUGUGGUGAACACGGAGCUCUUUCGAAAUACACCAUUCUUGGGAUCGAAGUGGGGAAAAAUGCUCAUUGCACCCUUUAUUUGGAUUUUUAUAAAGACUGCCAGAAGUGGAGCUCAGACGUCACUGUAUGUGGCUCUGGAUCCCAGUUUGAAAAACGUCUCGGGAAAAUACUUCAGUGAUUGCAAGCCAAAGCAUGUUGGGUCCGCCGCCCAAUAUGACGAUGACGCCGAGUUUCUGUGGGCGGAGAGUGAGAAGUGGACGAAUAUUAGCAUUUGAAUGUAUAUAAUAUGAAGUAUUUUAAGUGGAAUAUAUCAUGAGAUCUUAAGGUCCUUGCACCAACCUUAAACAUUGUUAAGCCUACAUUUGUCAAAUAAGUUUUCCAAUUUUAAUUCCUUUAUGAAUUUCUCAUAUUAUUUAUCAUAUUUGGAAUAAUUCUGAAAUGUGUGAAAUUUAAAUUUAAAUAUAACUAACUUUAAAAAAGCUCUAAA